CAAUUGCAGUGGUUGCUAUGAGACCCGCUCCAGCAGAGGACCAGCAGGCAGCCUGUCGCUGAUGGUUCUUGUCGUGCACCAAAGCUUUCCUUUGACACAGUUUUAGAGUUGUUUACUAUCUGAGCAAGCACCUGACACGGUGACUCUUUUCUUCCUUUUUUUCCUCCUCGGGUCCCCCGAGUAAGAUGGAAGUAGAAAACGAAGCCCACUGCUGCCCUGGCAGCUCAUCAGGCGGGUCCAGAGAGUACAAGGUGGUAAUGCUGGGCGCAGGGGGCGUUGGUAAAAGCGCAGUCACAAUGCAGUUUAUAAGCCACCAGUUCCCGGACUAUCACGACCCCACAAUCGAAGAUGCUUAUAAAACCCAGGUGAGGAUUGAUAAUGAGCCUGCUUACUUAGACAUCUUGGACACUGCUGGUCAGGCAGAGUUCACGGCCAUGCGGGAGCAGUACAUGCGUGGGGGAGAGGGCUUCAUCAUCUGCUAUUCUGUCACUGACCGCCAGUCAUUCCAGGAGGCUGCCAAGUUCAAGGAGCUUAUUUUCCAGGUCCGUCACACCUAUGAAAUUCCCCUUGUGCUAGUGGGUAACAAAAUUGACUUGGAGCAGUUCCGUCAGGUAUCUACAGAAGAAGGCAUGAAUCUUGCUCGAGACUACAACUGUGCCUUCUUUGAGACAUCUGCAGCCCUGCGAUUCGGUAUCGAUGAUGCUUUUCAAGGCUUAGUGAGAGAAAUUCGCAGGAAGGAAUCCAUGCUGUCCUUGGUGGAAAGGAAAUUGAAGAGGAAGGACAGCCUGUGGAAGAAGAUAAAAGCCUCCCUGAAGAAGAAGAGAGAAAACAUGUUGUGAGGCUUUGCUUCCGCAUCCUUCCUGUCUCUCCUUGUGGGUUUUAUCAACCAGACAAUUGUUCAUAUCUCCAUCUCACUCUCUCUUUCUCUCUCCAUCUCUUUUUCUUUCCCUUUCCCCCUCUCUUAACACACACACACACACAAUCUACCUGCAGGCAGAAAUUAGACUUCUAUAACUGUGUGUCUUGAGAUAGUUUUAUUUUGCCUUUAACAGCUGGAUAGAUUUUGUCAAUCAGCUGGAUAAUGCUUUAUAGAUUUUACAAUAUAUUACCAAAUAAAAUUAACAUUCCAAUUGCCUCAUUUUCCUGUAAAGUGUAGCUUCAUUUUGCAUGCUGUCUGGUUAUAAAGAAAAUCUGCAAACUUGUAACUGGGAUGAUAAAAGGCUUAGGGGAUCUGCUUUUGCCUGAUAACCCUGGUUGUUUGCAUUUCACAAAUCUGUAAAUAAUGAAGAGGCUGGAAUAGUUUAGAGGAAAAAAAAAUGUCCUUGUCUUCUCUUAAGUGGAAGAGUCUUGGUAUUUCUUCUUGAGUCCUCUAUAGAUGAACAUUAGAGAAAUUAUUGAUAAUAGGAACUGAGUUUGUGUUAUUAAAAUACUAAAAUUACAUGUCCCCAUAUUUAGUGCUCAGUCUGCCAUAUGCUUUAUAGAAGUACCACAGUAAAGUUACUGUAAUGAUAGUCUAUGUUAUCUGUUGUAGGAAGACAGCAAUACUAUGAACUAGAUGAUACAUGUGCCCAAGAAAGGACCCUUUGCCCCUCUCAAUGAAUCUUCUUAGAAUUGCUUCACCUGCAUAGUAGCCAUCUGUCUGCAGCGAUAUGGCCUCUACAUACUAAGUGUUCUCUUCAUAUUAUUAAAUUUCCUCUCUCAUUUUCCAAGAAGCAUUACAAGAAGCUGACAUCAGAAAUGUUGUUGUUAUUUGUCUUGUUAUUUGUUCAUUGUGUAAAAUAAAAUCUCUCAGUCACCCAUUU